CUAGAGUCCAGUGGCGGUGUGCUUUAGGCCACUGCAUCCAACGCUUUGCAUUGCACUUGGUGAUGUAAGGCUUGGAUGCAGCUGCUCAGCUAUGGAAACCCAUUCCAUGACGUUUUCUACGCUCUGUUGUGCUAAUUUGAAGGCCACAAGAAGUUUGGAUGUAUUUAGGUAUUCACUCUGCAGACAGUUGAUGACUUCUGUGCACUGUGCGUUUCAGCAUGCACUAACCCCGCUCUAUCAUUUUACGUGGCCUACCACUUCUCGGCUGAGUUGCUGUUGUUCCCAGUUGUCUUCCACUUUUGUUAUAAUACCACUAACAGUUGACCGUGGAAUAUUUAGUAUUAAGGAAAUUUCAAGGAUGGACUUAUUGCAUAAGUGGCAACCUAUCACGGUACCACGCUUGAAUUCACUGAGCUCCUGAAAUGACCCCUUCUUUCACAAAUGUUUGUAGAAGCAGUGCUUGAUUUUAUACACCUGUGGCCAUGAAGGUGAUUGGAACACCUGAAUCCAGUGAUUCGGAAGGGUGUCCCAAUACUUCUGGCAAUAUUGUGUAUCU